GCGUUGGGUCCUUCGAGCGAGCUCUUUAGUGACCUCUCGCGAAAGGAGCUUGUAGCCGAUCAGAUUGCCGAACUCUCUACACGUUACCGCAACGCGGCAUUCAAGUGUCUUGAAGCAGACAACUACUUGUGGCAACAGAAUGUGACUACAUUGCAGGCACUUAUUCUUAUAUACAGCAUCAACCAUAGUCACGGUCAAACAUGGACGUUGCUCGGUAUGACCUACCAUAUCGCGCUUUCCCUGGGGUGCCAUAUCGACCCAAGCGAUUUUGGCCUUGAUAUUGUCAGAUGUGAAGAGAGGCGCCGCUGCUGGGCCGGCCUCAUGAUGCUGUUCAUGAUCCAAGGUACAUCCAUGGGCCAUCUCGGACCAGAUCCAUGGGCUACAUCCGAAGGAGUCCAAAUGCCAUCAGACCUCGACGACUGCGACUUGGUCGCUAACGAAUAUGUCUUGCCACUCACUUCACGACAUGCAACUCAGAUGUCUUACCUCCUCUUUGAAACUCCGUUUUACAAAAUCGCUAAUGAAGUUUGUCCGGUUGUUCGGAAUGCUAUAAAACCUCCCACCUCGCUCAUCGGCAGACUAGAUGAAAAAAUACUCAGCGAACAACGGAGUUGGCACGACAAGUACCUGGUACACUCAGCAAUAGUCGAACCGCCAACAUAUCACAAAGCACAUCUCAAUAUCCUACAGGGUUAUUCGCAUCAGCUACUCAUGCUCCUGCACAACCACGCUAUGAGAACUUCAAUAGAUUCUCAGCAAUGCCAUUUAUCGGCCUCCAAGGCUCUACGUAGUGCAAAGAAACUACUGCGUAUACAUAGCGUAUUUUUUACCAAGAUCGAAUUCUCUCCAUUCAGGUGGUAUCUUCGAGGCAUUGGCAGUUUCCAUGCGUAUCAUGCAGCUGUAUCGCUCAUGGCCAUCCUCACCGAGCGCUCUUGGGACUUGGCUCACAGGGAUAUUCUUUCGUCGGUUAAGCAAUGCGUUGAUCGAUUUGGGACGCUUGCGGAGACAAGCAUUAUCUAUUCUAAGGCUGUACCAGUUCUC